AUGGAGCUCCUAGCUGCGCUCAUGAAGAUGGUGAGCUUGAUCUCCGAGGCCCUCCGCAACGUCGAGAAGCUCCCGGCGGCGCUGAUCUCAGGCGGCGGCGUCCAAGCCGCUGCGGAUCUUGCACUCGCCGUCUUCAAGGCUCCCACAGGUAUUUUUCUUCACAAUGGCAAGGGGCUCUUCUACUUGUACUACGGCGUUCUCAUCGGCGUGGGGACCUUUGGGUUCGUGGAGGCAUCCGUGGACUUCUGGGUGUCCGGCGACCUGAACAAUUGGCAUCGGCGCGUCGUUGGGAAGACCAUCAUGUGGAUAUCCAUCUUACCUCUCGUCCUUUUUGCUGGGCUCGGAGGCUUCAUGAUCAUGAAAUAG